UAUUUAUAGCAUACUCGAUGCCCCACCCAUAAUCAACCUCCACUAGUUAGGCAUACCAUCAGCGACAGACAGACUUUCCAAGGCAUCGAGCUUAGCCAUUGCGUGUUUUCCCUUCGUUGAUUGCUCCUCGUGGCCACAAAACUGUCACUAUUCUAUCCGCGGGGUUGAGAAGUAUGGAUUUAGAACGUUAAUACGACGAAAUCUGGCCAAGAUGGAGCCGUUUUCUUUCGCCAGUUCCGAGUCGCUUGAAUACCCAGUGAGCAUUCGGAUCACCAACCUCGAAGGCGAUGAAGUCCCCUACCUCUACUCGACCCUCCUGGACCGCCCAGACCUUCGGUAUAUUGGCUCCAAUCAGAGCUCCCACUCGGAUCUCUUUGUGACCGUCCAGGUCUGGGCAGGUUCGAAGCCCUUGACCGUUCCCGUGCAAACCGCCUACAAGGCAUUUCGGUCGGAAAGGAAGUGGAACGAAUGGCUGACGCUGCCGAUCGACUACUCGUCCCUUCCCAUUAAUUCGCGCCUGGCCAUAACCAUCUGGGAUCUGUCCCCGACCGGAGGGAAAGAGGCGCAGGGUCACGCCAUUCCGUUUGGCGGUACAACAUUGCCUCUGUUUGAUAAGGACAACCAGUUGCACAAGGGCCGCCAGAAGUGUCACGUUCACCGGCAUAAGAAGGCUGACGGUAACGAUGACUCGAUGACUCCUGCUUUUGUCGCCAAGAAGAAGACUAGCUCUAAGAAGAACGAGGCCGAAGUGGUCGACAAGGAUGCCGAGGAGCUUGACCGUAUGGAGAAACUAUUCAAGAAACAUGAAAUGGGAGAGAUUCCCCGGGUGGACUGGCUUGAUCAACUGGUUUUCCGGGGAUUUGAGAGGAGAGGCCUCCAGUCUGCCAAGUCGUCCUUGAAGAACAUCCAGAGGCAACGGGUUAUUGAUGGCGCGAGCGCAAAUACCGACAUCUUGAAGAAAGAUGCCGCACAAGACAAGGGUCGAGAGGCCCAUACCGUUGACCAGAGCCCUGGCCCUUCGAUGUUCAUUCUGAAUGUCGAGCUGCCCAGGUUUGAUUUUCCGGUCGUGUUUGCCGACCACGAGUAUCCUCCACCCCCAGUUUCGUCCCUCCAGCAUCUCUCGUCCUCUCAGUCAAACAUAGUCCUGAAGCCACCGCCCGAGGUCCAGUUUGGACCCGGAAUUGGCGGAGUAGGCGACACCGAUGCCGGCUAUGGGAGCCGUUUAAUCCGAGUCUACGACCCUGAGGUUGGGGCGAGGGACAAUCCGGCAGAAAGCAAGCAUCGGCGCCUUGUUCGAAGCCAGCACCGGCAUGGGAUCCUGGAUAAGGACUUGAAACCCAACGCCAAGGUUCGGGACGAGUUGAAUGUUAUAACGUCAUACUCUCCAACUCAUAUCCUGACGCCAGAAGAGAAGGAUCUCAUUUGGAAAUUCCGCUAUCACCUCACGCGGGAUAAGCGAGCCCUGACAAAGUUUGUAAAGUCGGUCAACUGGCAGGACUUGGCGGAAUCGAGGCAAGCCGUCCAGGUCCUUGGACGGUGGACUGACAUAGACGUCGACGAUGCCCUCGAACUUCUCGGGCCGACCUUUGACAACACUUCAGUCCGAGCAUUUGCAGUAAAACGACUCCGGAAAGCGGAUGACAAUGAGUUACUUCUAUACCUGCUGCAACUGGUCCAGGCUCUGAAAUAUGAGCACAUCUCAACCGAUGCAAAUCACGAGGUGACCCAGGACUCUUCCUUGGCCAAGUUUCUCAUCUCGCGUGCGGUCAACAACUUUGUGCUUGGCAACCACUUCUACUGGUACCUGAUGGUGGAGUGCGACGACUCCAGCCAAGAUCAGGGCCUCGACAACCAGACCAUGUAUCGAAAGGUCGCCUUCGACUUCAUGACGGAACUCGUCAAGCUUCCAGAUGGGAAGGAGACGCGGAAGAGGCUCCUGCGGCAGGCUGAGUGGAUAGCCAUCCUCUCCAAGAUCUCCAGCGAGAUCAAGGAAUCGAACGAGUCUAUCGCUCGGAGGACUGAACGUGUCAAACACUUCUUGGCCGACCCCAAGAACGAGCUUGUCACCAUCGAUCCGCCUCUCCCCCUACCGCUGGAUCCGUCCAUACAACUAACAGGUGUUGCCCCCGAAGACACCAUAGUAUUUAAAUCAUCGCUACAUCCCAUUAAAGUCGUCUUCAAGACCGACACGGGGCGGAAAUAUCCCAUCCUUUUCAAGACGGGAGAUGAUUUGCGACAAGACCAACUUGUCAUCCAGAUCAUCACUCUCAUGGACAAACUCCUCCUGAAGGAAAACCUAGACCUCAAGCUUUCGCCCUACAAGAUCCUCGCUACAAGCACCACUGCCGGGCUGUCGCAAUUUGUCCCCUCAGCCAGCUUCCAGGGCAUCUCGUCCAAGUACCGCAACAAUCCGGCGUUGGCUUAUCUCCGACAGAACAACCCUGACACACACGGCCCCAUGGGCCUGCGGAAGGAGACUCUAGAUACCUUCGUCAAGUCCUGUGCCGGGUACUGCGUGAUAACGUACAUACUCGGCGUUGGCGACCGGCACCUGGACAACUUGCUCCUAUCCCCAGACGGGCAUUUCUUCCAUGCCGACUUCGGCUUCAUCCUUGGCCGCGACCCAAAGCCGUUUGCGCCCGCGAUGAAGCUGUCCAAGGAGAUGGUGGACUGCAUGGGCGGGUCGAGCUCUGAGCACUACCGCCAGUUCAAGCAGUACUGCUUCCUCGCGUACAGCGCGCUCCGCAAGAACAGCAACCUGAUCCUCAACCUGUUCAGCCUGAUGGUGGAUGCCAACAUCCCCGACAUCAAGCUCGAGCCCGACAAGGCCGUGCUGAAGGUGAAGGACCGGUUCCACCUCGAACUGAAUGAGGAGGACGCCAUUCGACACCUCGAGAGGAUAAUCGACGACAACCUGAAUGCUUUGGUCCCUGUCGUCAUCGAUAAGCUCCAUGAGCUCGUCCAAGCGUUCAGGGCGUGAUGCCAGGAAGAUUGCCUACGACGUAGCGCUCUUGGGAGGACUAAUGCUUUCUUUUGUCUGGCUUGGGAAGGCGUUAUGGUAACUUCAUGUAUGAAGUAGCGGUAUGCUAGUAGGAUUCUGAAUUCCUGAUAUCACUUUUGGAGCCAGAUGAUCAUGGACGCGUCGACAUGGUUAUGAUGAAUAAAGCACUUGGCCGUCUUAAUGCCUCAGAAUCCCAAUUUUAAUCCCUCGAG